CUUGUGUUACCAUGCACAUACUCCACAAACUCGUCAUUUUACAAGCCUGCGUUCUUCUUUUAAUACACUUUACGCAUGAAGUUUCCGUUGAAAUAAACGUGAUACCUAAGGAAAUCGGUGACAGGGUCCAAAAAUUAGGUGAACGAAUAGAAAAUGACUUGACAAUCUUUGGUCAGAAAUUACGUCAAUAUUCAGAAUAUUAUGAACAGGCAGUGUCUUCACUAGAUUCAACGAAGGAAACAAUUGAAUGAGAAAUUAGAAGCUGAUAAAUGAUUGGUUUUUCAACUCUCAUAACUUUAUCUUUAUUUGUAUCUUGU